AUGGCCACUUUGAGUCUCGCGCGUUUCCCGGCGGACAUAGCCGGGGCGAGCGUCGUGUCGGCCGACGUGUCGUCGGACCUCAGGCUGCUAGCGGCGCACCUGCCGUGCGGCGAUGUCGCUGUCUGCGCUCUCGGCAGCCCCGUGCGCCCCGCUGCUGCCACCACCCACGUGCUCUUCCGCGAUCGCGCCGAGCCGGCGCCCGCAGAUGCCCCUCCUCACGCGCCCUCGUACCAUCGCCGCGUCGCAUGGCUGUGCCCGCGACAGCAGUUGGGCGAACCGUGCGAUCAGGGCCAGUCGCAUGAUCGGAUUCUUGUGCUGCUUAGGCCCCGCCGUGUGUCGCUGUACGCGAUAAGCGCAGGCACGAGCCCCGUGUCGGGGAGUCCUAUACCGGCUGCGUCAGUGCAGGCCAGGCGCGUGCCCUUCGGCAGGGCGGGCGUGCGAGUGGUGUUCUGGCCGGAAAGCGCGCGCGGAUCCUCCUCUGCGCGCGGGGCCAGCGAUGCGUUCGACCUUUUGAGUGGCGCAGCAGAUGGCGCGGGGGAAACUGGCAGGUGGGAGCAGUUGGCGGGGGGAGGGGAGGCGGCAGCGCAUAUGAGCAUGGGCGCGGGCGCGCGCAUGGGGUUCAGCAUGAGCGCGUGGCAUGCACACUUCGAUUCCCCGCCCUGGCACAGCCUGCUGGCCGCCUGUGGGGCCAUGGCGGCGGGCGGGGGCAGCGGAGAGCAGGCGCGCAGCAACGGAGAGGCGAGCAUGCAGGAGAGUGGGAGCGAGGGCGGGGCAUGGGGGUGUGCGGUGGAGCAGGUGGUGGCGGUGGGGGUGGAAUCCGACGCGCAUGCCUCGCACCUCGCGCUGCUGCUCACGUCGCGCCAAGCAUACGCACACAUGUGCCUCUCGCCGUCCGCGCUGCGCUGCCAAGCCCCCCUGCCAGCACACAGCAGCGUGCUCGUGCUGGCCGUGGCAGGGGGAGUGAGCGCCGACAAUCGAUCGCAGCGGGCACAGGGCGAUGCUGGGGGUAUGGUGGGAGAGCUGUGGCGCGGGGAGCAGGGGGAGCAGGGGCGCAGGGUGGGUGGUGUGGUGCGCGUGCAGUGCUGCAUCCACCUGCACGCGGUCACGGGCGCACAGCAUGGGGCGGGCGCCAUGUGGAGCGCCGUGAAGCUCCAGGGCGCCGUGCUGUGCGCCGUGCAGCCAUGGGGCGCUGCUUUCACGUGGAGCGCCGCCUCUGGCCGCCCCCUGCACUCCCUGCUCCUCACCCCUGCCGGGCCCGCACCUCUUGCGCCCACCCACGCCUCUGCCCCUCCCCAUGUGCUCCACGCGCAUGGAGCUGGCGCCAGUGCAAGCAGCAGCAGCAGUGCGAGCAUGCAGAGCUGCCCAUCCAUGGACGGCGCGCGGCACUCGCGUGCUGUAGGUGGCGGCAUGGGUGGCGUGGUGGGCGUGGUGCUGGGGGGCGAGGGCGCGCUGCUGUGCGCCGUCACCACCACGGGCCUCGUGCUCACUGCCUUGCUGCCUGCGCCCAUGCUUCCCCAUACGCCUCCGCCUCUCCCCACACCCCCCGCCCCCCCCAUGCGCUCUGUGGUGCUGUGCAGCCCACUGGCAUCGGGGCGCGUGCUGCUGGGCCUCGUGCAUGCAGACAGGCCGGGGCCAGCGGACAGCAGCACUGCUGUACUCACAGUGGCCGUGCUGCACUCGCACCACACGCCCCACCACGCACCCCCACCCGCUGCUUCUCACCCUGCCAGCGAUGCCACCCGUCCAGCACCCAAGGCACAUGUCGCUAUCUACUCCUUCCCGCUCGCCAUCCCCCACAACCACGCUCCGCUUACCCACACCCUUCUCGCACCCGCCCUGCCCCCCCUCUCGCUGCCUUCCUGCGCCGUGCCGCUGCUCUCCUGCCACCGCCUGCUCUGUCUCUCCAACGACCGCCUGCUCCUCCUCCUCCCCGCCCGCCCGCCCUCGCCCCUGCACCUCUCGUCCGCGCCCCUCUUCCCCAUGUGCCACCUGCCCCGCUCGUGCCUCCCCUCACCCCCAUGCGCCGCUGCUCUUAGAAUGUCCCUCACUUUGGCAGCCCUGCAGCUGGAAGGAGUGCCUUCCCUGACACCUUGUGGGGGCGAGCAGGGGGAGGGGGGAGUGAGGGUGCAGAGGGGAGGACAUUUUGCAAGUGUGGUAGUGGGGGGGAGUGGUGUGGUAGAGAGGUGGGUGGGGGCGGAGAGGCAGGAGGAGGCGUGGGUGCGGAGUGUGAAUGAGGUGAUGGGGGCGGUGAUGGCGAUAGAGGGCGAUGUUAUGAACAGGGAGGAUCUGGGCGGCACUGCCUUCCUCUCACUGCUGCACAACACUGCACAUGCCAACGGCUGGCCGGACUCGUGCCUUGUGUUGCAGCACGUGCGCCUCUGCCUCGACCUCAUGUGCCCCGCGCCCUCCGUUGUCAGGCUGCUCUUCCUGCUGCACGGCAUCAGUGCCGCCCUGCAAGUGAAGGCCUUCCACUGCCUGCUCGCCUACCUCAUCACACACCUCCCCCUCGCGCGCUUCUCGCGCUCCCACGCCAGAUACACCUCCAGUCAGGCAUGCUGCUGCUGUCCGCCCCACAUGCUCUCGCUGCAGCGCAUGGCCCACAGGCUGCGCUUCCAUCUGGGCCCCUUUACUCCCACUUGCCUCUUCCCCACCUUCCGCCGUCCUUCCACAUGUCCCGCUCACCCCACGAUCAGCUUUCAGCUGGCACUGGCGUUCCUGUGGCAGGGGCAUGCGGGCAUGGCAGCGCAGGUGCUGCUGCGCCUGGGCGCACACGUGCACGCGUCGCUGCGGGAGCUGCUGCUGCGCUCCUUCUCCUCCCACCUGCGCCACGUGCUCUCACACUACCUGCACCACCACCACCUGCUGCCGCCCCCCCUCCUGCACUUCCUCGCUUGCACUCAAGUUAUCCAGGACAUGUACCCCCUGCGAUCCUUCACCCCCGCGUAUCGCCUGCGCCGCGCCUCUGCCCCCUCCUCCCUGCAACUCCACCCUGCCACGCGCGCUGCCAACAGCCGCAGCAGUGCCCCACGCUCCGUGCCUGAGGGGGGCCGUGCAGCUGUGGACUCAGUGGGGGAGGCGGAAGCAUGUCAACAAGGGGUGUGUGGUGGGGGGGUGAUUGGGGGCAGCUGGGGCAGUCUGGUGGCGCUGGUGCCCGCACAGGGAGGGCAGGGGGGGAGGCAGGCAGCAGAGGCGUGGGGUGAAGGUGCAGGGGUUGGGGCGAAGAACAAGAUGGUCGCAGAGGGGGUGGGUGAGGAGGAGCAGAGCAGGAUGCAGGUGGAGGAUGGGUUGAGCAUUGUGGUGCGGCACGGGUUUGCGUGUGUGGCGACAGCAUGGGUGCAGCACUGGGACCCCGCUGUGCUGCUGCAGGUGCUGGCAGAAGGAGCUCUCCUCGCCUCGUCUCCCUCUCCCUCCGUUUCCUCCUCGUGUCAGCCAACCUCUUCCUCCUCAGCCUGUGCGCCCGCACUCACGGCCCUGCAUCGCAUUCUAGCCACGCAUCGCCUGCACAUCCCACCGCCACUGCCUGCUGCUCCACCACCCCCUGCUGCAUCUCUGGUGGCAUGGGAAGCUCUGCUCUCCUUGUCUCUGCGCCACCACCUCCCUGCCCUCCUCUCCUCCACCCUUCACGCUCUCCCUCCCACUGCCCUCACCCGCUCGCCCAUCACGGCAGUCUUGCACCGUCCUCCUCCUCACCCCCUUUCCCAACCCACCUCCCCCAGACGCACCUGCAUGCGCGUGCCAGUGGUCCUGGCAGCAGCAGUGCUCAACCCUGCCACAGUGCUGCCCGGGCCAGGGAGUGCAGAGGCGAGCGCAGUGCAGCACAGGGCAGGGGGCAGUGCGUAUGGCGAGGGCAUCAGUGGCGGCAUGCGCAGGGCAUUGGAGGAGCAGCUGGCGGCGCAGGGCGUGCUGCUGCGCGCCCACUGGCGCCACCCCCUCCCCCUCCUGCGCCUCCUUGCACGCGCCCACAUGCUGCUGCCGCCCAAGGGCCUUGCAGGCGAGAUUGCGGGCGGUGGGGCGGAGGAAGCAGUGGGAGUGGAUGGUGUGAGUGCAGGCAGGCGUGGGGAUGUGGGUGUGGGUGAGGGUGAGGGUAAGGGUGAUGAGGGAAAGGAAGGCGAUGGGGAGGUGGGUGUGCGAGGAGGUGGGGGUGGUGCUGUGGGAGGGCUGCAGUGGAGUGCUGUGGGCAUGACUCUCACAUGCUCCGCCCUGCGCCUGCCACUGCUGCUGCACCUCUUCCUCAACACACACACCGCCCGUCACUACGCGCGCAUGCAGCAACACACACAUGAAGAUAACAUGAAUCCCCAAUCUGCUGGUGUUUUGCCCCGCCCUUAUUCCCUGCCUGUUCUGCCAACUCCCUCCCGCCCCUUGUGCGCCACGGUGCAGCUCCUCUCAGCGCACCCCUGCUACGUCUGGUUGCUGCACUCCCUUCUCCCACCGCCUCCUUCGCUCCCCAUCACCCCCUCGCAAGCCCCCCUGCCUGCACCCGCGGGUGUCCGUGCAGCGGCCGUGCAAAUAGCACAGGGGGUGCGGUGCAACCUAGCAUGGCUCCUCGCCCACCCCCCUCCCGGCACUGCCUGGCCCUGGGUGAGCGAGGCACGGGGGGGGAAGAACGAGUGCACAUGGGGGGAUGACGAGGGCGGCGAGAAAAGCAGUGGUGCGCGUGGUGCGGGUGCAGGGAUGAGCGAGGGAGGUGAUGGGGACGGGAACAGUGGCGGAGGGGAAAUAGGGCAGGCCCGGCCAACAGCAGGGGGUGUGGCUCUGUGGGCUGGGAGUUACUUGAGCGGUGUUGUGGGGUGCAGAUGGGUGGAGGGUGCACAGCAGGAGCGGGUGGGUGGAGCAGAUGUGGAUGCAUGGGGAGAUGAUGAGCUGUGGUGGUGGCAGGAGGGGCAGUGGGGCACGGAAGAGUGGUGCGGGAAGGCAGGCACGGCAGGACAUAGUGGGAAUGAGGCAGCCGGGAAGAGGGCGAUGGAAAAUGAGGAGGGGCAGGAGGAGGAGCAGGAUGAGGAGAGAGGAGAGGGCGAGGCAGAGGAGGAGCAAGGGGAGGAGGGGCAUGAGGAGGAGAUGGCGGAUGGCAGUGGCCCACCUGCGGGCUUAGACGUGUGGAGAGCAGUAGGGGGGCGGUGGGAGGAAGUGCAUGUGUCUGCAGUGGAGCAGUGGCAGCAGCACCUCUGGCGCUCCCUGCUGCUCGCCCUGCUUCUCCACCCCCCCUCUCACCCCGCCCUCCCAUCCCACCUGCCCCUGCUCGCCUGCCUUGACCGCCUGCUGGGCCGGACACAUCUUCCUGCCUCCUUCCCCCUGCCAUGCGCCCUGCAACUUGCUCCCCAUGCUGCCCUACAGCGCUUGCCCACUCUCUCCGCCCUCUCCCACUCCCUCGCCUCCCUCUCUGCCCGGCCCUAUGCCUGUGCCUGGCUCAGUGACCCUUCGCCCUUAGCAAGCCGCACUGUGCCAGAGGCACCCGCUAGCCGCCAACGAAGUGCACUGCUCGCCCUGCCGCACUCUCUCCGCCACCACCUGCUAGCAGCGUCGCCCUUGGCGCUCUUCCUCUCCCUCCUGCCCUCGCUGCUCUCCCCAUCCGUCGCCCGCGCCUCCCUCAAGGCCACUACACACCACCUGCACGGCCUGGCAUCAGCAGCAGCCCUGCUCGCGCGCACACACACGCCCCUGCUCGCCUCCGCCUCCACCUUCCUCUCUCUGCUCGGCCUCUCCUCCUCGCGCCUGCGCCUCGUCAUCGCCGCCUUGCACCUCAUCCUCUCCUCCUCACCACCCCCCUCGCCCUCCUCCCUGGCCGCUGUUGCUCGCUUCCUGCACUGCUACUGCAGUGCGUGGGCGGGGGAGCAGCACGGCGGGACAGGGAGGGCAGGGGAGGCAGCGCAGCACAAGGCGGCGAGGCAGCUGCUGAGGCUGCUGGAGGGUGCCGUGCUGGGGGAGACAGAGGGGGCUGGUGGGAAGGGGGACGGGGAGAAUGGUGCAGGGGGAAUUGGUGUGGUGGAGGUUGGGGCAGUGGUGAAGGGAGGAGUAGGGAAAGGGGUGGUGCAGGGGUGGUCGAACCAUGCAGUGGAGAUGGUGGGGGAGGAGGAGAAGUUGGAGAGGCAGAGGCGCGUGCAGCUGGCGAUGCAAAGGAGGGAGCAGCAGCAGCAGCAGAGGGACGAGUGGGCGUUGGUGCUGGCCCUUGCAGCAGAGUUCUCUCUCCCACCGCCUAACACACUCUUACUGCGCUUCGCACGCGCGAAUGACUGGAUGGGCUUGCUGGCACAGGCUCAGGCGCAGACAUGGCCCCUCCACGACCUCGUCCACAUCGUCCACCAACACGUGCCGCACCUGCCGCUGCGCCACCACCUCUCCCUCGCCCUCGCCCGCUGUGCCAACCCCUCCUGCCCGCCACCCUCGCUGCUGCCAUACCACCGCACGCCCACGCUCUUCCACGUCCUCUCACAAGCCACCACUGCGCCCACCCACUCGCACACCCCUGGGAGCACCGCUGCUCGCCCCCCUGGCCGUGUGGCGGUGCAGCUGUUGUGCAUGGCACGCCACCUGCACUGGCCGCUGCUGGCCGUGGUGGCAGCAGGCGUGCAGGGGGGCGCGGAGGACAGGCAGGCAGGGGCGAGCUCGGGGAUCACACUGUUCCACCUGGCGUGCCUCGACUGCUGGCUGCAUGCCACCUGCGCACAACUGCUUGCAGCAUCGACCCACACUGCCUCUCACAGCCUUGCAACCCCUGGUGGGGCUGUGGCAGCACAGGAGGAGAUGGAGAAUGGGGGGCUUCAGGGAGAUGAGGGAGAGGAAGAAGGUGAAGCGGAGGAAGAAGGGGUUGAGGCAGCGCAUGGAGGAUGGGUUGGGGAAAGGCAGGAGUGGGUGCAGGGGUUGCAGCAAGGGAAGUGCCGGCGAGUGGAGGCAGAGAGAGGGCCGAGGGUGAAGAGGAAGGCAGCAGACGUGGGAGGAGGGGAGCAGAGGGUGCCGCAGCCACAGGCACAGCCAGGUGCUGAGCCGAGGCAAAGGGAGGCUCAGGGGGGCGAGGAGGCGAGGGGCAUGGGGCUGGGUGGCAUGGUGGCGUGGCUGUGCCGCGAGGGGUGUGUGCUGCCGCUCCUGCGCGGGUUGCACCUCUUCCUGCCACGCUGCUCCCUGCUCUACCUGCUCCUCGCACUGCAGGCGCACUGGCGGCAGCACAGUGAGGAGGCGGAGGCGUGUGUGGCGGAGUUCAACGUGCUGGCGGACAGGGAGCAUGCGCAUGCACAAGCAGCGCAGCACCACCAGGGGCACGCACUGGGGGAGGCGUUGGGAGACUUGGAGACCGUGUGGGGUGCGGAGGGGGCAGUGGAGGAGGAGCAGGCAGCGAGCCAUGACCUCCCCUCGCUGCACACUCUCUCCUCCUUCUUCUCCCCCUCCUUCUCUCUGCGCUCCUUUGCUCUCCGCUGCUCCCUCUCCCCCUCAGCUAUCCUCUCUUCCCUCGCAUCGCUAGCAAUCGAUGCUGCCAUUGCCCGUGCUGCCUCACCGCACCAAACUCUCUCCCUCCUCCACCUCCUCUCGCGCGCCCGCCUGCCCCCACCAGCCCAGCACCGCCUGCAGCAGCUUCAGGUGGAAGCGCAGCUGCUCUCACGCGACCCUUCAGGGCCCUCCGCCUCCCCCCUGCCCUCUGUGCCCCCUGUGCCCCCUGUGGCUGCGGCUGGGAUUACCAGCGGUGCGGCAGGGGCGAGGGUGGAUGGAGGUGCGGAACAGAGUUGGGGGGAGGGUAGAGGAUGGGGAGCAGCGAUGGAGCAGGGCGAGGUGGGGGUGGGUGAGAGGGGGGAGAGUGGGGAGGGGGGGUGGGGCAACGAGGCACUGCAGCAGCUGGUGCAGGCGGGCAGGUGGAACGAGGCACGCGUGCUGGCAGGGCGGCUGGAGGGCCAUGGGGGCAGCACAGCACGGGGUGACGCAAGCAUGGCAGAUGAUGGAGGAGAUUCACAUGGAGGGGGAGGGUGGAUGGGGGACAGGGUGGAACAGGCGGGGGCCGGGGAUGAGGAGGAGGAUGAGAUGGGGGAGGGGAGCACGGGUGCGGCGUCGAUGACUCAGGAAGCCAGUGCGUUGCAGGCGCGCAUAACCCUCACUCAGGCGGAGCACAUGGUGCAGGAGUGGCAGCAGCUGCUGUGGGAGGAGGAGGAGGAGCGCGCGGUGGUGUGGGAGCACUGCCACCACCUCUUCAUGUGCCACCGCCUCCCACCACACCGUGCCGUUGCCUUCUUCCUCGCCCAUGCUUGCUCUCUUGGCACCCAGCUCUCACGCCCCAGUGCCACGCCUGCUGCUGCGCCUGCCUGUGACAGUGACGCAGAGGACAGGGCUGGCAGCAGGGGGGAUGGAGUGGGGGCGGUGGAGGGCAGAGGGGAGGAGGAGGAGAGGGUGGAGGCGGAGACGGACCCCCUCAGUGAAGGCUUGUGGAGUGCCGUGAGCGUGUGGGGGGGAGAAGACGAGGGGCAAGAGGAGGAAGAGGACGAGGAGGUUUGGAGUGAGGCAGGGGAGGAGAGCGAUGGUUGGGGCGAUGAGAUGGAGUGUGCGCAGAGGAGGGCACGGUGUCUGCACCCCGUGCUGCUGCUGGCCCUGCAGUGGAAGCUCAGAGCUUAUCACCUCGCCUAUCUGUACGGACCACUGCCCCACACCCUGCGCUCCCAUGCACGCCCAUGCGUAUUUUGUUCCGGUAUUUCCUUCCGUUGCCUCCUGUUGGCUCUUCUUGGUGCUCAUCGCUGCCUCCUCAUCCAUCUCUGGCCCAUCUCCUUCCCGCAUCCUGUCUUGCACCGUCUGUUCCCUCGUCACCCCAGCCAUGCAUGCAGGGCAGCAGCAGCGCCGCACACAGCUCCUGAGGACUGCACAACCCCGCACGCCGCCACCACCACCACCACCACGGAGUGUGAGCUGUGGCUCUCUGCCCUCGCGUGCCGUGUGUGGGAGGUGGCAGCACUGGCAGACCACCCCCUGCCCCCGCCGCUGCACUGCACGCCCUUCCCCGGGCUCGCUGUGCCGCUCUGCUCCCUGUGGCAUCGCCUGGCGCGUGGCCCUGUGAGCUCCUUCCUCACGCGCACCGCGCGCGUCAUGGCCGCCAACCAAGACGCCCUCUGCGCUGCCGCCGCUGCUCCCCUCCACUCGCCCCCCUCGCCCUCCUCUUCCACAGCCCAGCUGCCACUGCCACCUGUUUGGCCGACCACAGAGGAGGAUGCAGCGAGCGGGGAGGAGGAGGAGAGGGCGAGAGAGGGCGUGGUGCAAGUGCUGCUGGAGCGAGGGCAGAUGGAGGGAGCACAAGCCGUGUGUGCGCACGUGGGUGGUGGUGAUGGCGGGGAUGGCACAGCGGAGGCGGAUGUGGCGAUGGUGGAGGCGGCAGAGGCGAUAGCGGUGCAUGAGGGCAUGAUGGACGAGGACAUGCACGCCAUGGUGCUGCAUGCCUGCCGCACAUGCCCUGUGGAGGAUCACACUCGCCACCUGCUCUUCUCCGACCAACCCUUGGAUGUCCUCACAGCCCUCGCCAGGCUCGCCUCGCUCCCCUCUGCCCGUCUCUGCAUCCUGCGCUGCUUCGCCCGCCGCCAAGCCAUGCAGCUCUUGUCGAACCUCUCUGAACCGCUCUCUACCGUCUCCGUGCCUGCGCUGCUGCGGGCGCUGCUGGCAGAGGGAGAAGCGGCACUGCCAAGUGUGCAGCUGCUGCUGGCUACAGGAGUGCUGUCCGGCGCUGAUGCCGUGCCCGCUGUGGCAGAGCGGAUUGUUCAGGUGAUAGACAGCGGGUACAGGAGUGCAGCAAGCACCGCGUGGCGCAGCACGUCAUACAGGCGCGUCACGGACGUACGGGGCAGAGGGCACGGUGAUGGGCAGGCCGUGCAGGGAGUGGGUGGCGGCAGCACGGCGGCAUGGGGUGCAGUCCGACAGGGCAGUGCCAAUGUUGCGCGCACUGCAUUCAUGUCCCCAUCGCACCCCGCUGCGCCACCUCCCUCUUCGUCUGCAGCCUCGCCUCGGUCGUUCCACCCGUCCCCCCUCCUUGCACGUGCAUCCUCACUGUCAUCAUCAGCAGCAGCGUCUGGUCGCAGCUUGGGGCGCACUGCCAGUGGCAAGGCGCUGUGGGGGGGGGAUGCACCCGGUGCAUUGGAUGCGGCGUCCCGCCUGCCAUGGGACGAGUCCGAAGUGACGGCCCUGCUCUCCCUGCUCUCCCACCGCCCCGCCCUGCCUGACCUCCCUUUCGCACUCCCACCGCUGCCUCCUGCUGCAGCACCAGCCCACACCAGCAGCAGCAGGGGCGAGAGCAGUGAGGCUCCGCCCUUGAUUUUCCUGCCUCUGGCCCUGCUUCACUGCCUCAAACACCUAGACAGCGUCAAUGCCAACACGCAGGUUGACGUGCUGCUUCUCGCACACUACACCAGUGUGGCGGUCCCCUUGGCAGCCAAUGAGACACUGCCACGUGUCACAGAGGCGAUGGUGCAGUGUGCGGUGUCGCUGGCCUCGCCCUCCCUAGCCUCCGCCUCGCUGCGUCUGCUCCUCGCCACCACCAACCCGCGCCCCCUCUGCUUCAUCCUCACGCGCCUUCUUGCCUCGGGCCAGCUCGCCUUCCUUCUCUCCCGCCUGCCCGCUGCGGCCUCCGCUGCCCAAGCCGUGCGCUCUGUCUUCCUCCACGCCACCCUCCCUGCCACCUCCGCCAGCAACCCCAUGAGCUCCGUUCUCUCCCUCUCCGCCUUUGCGCCGCCCCCCUGUGCCGACACCACCACGUGCGCCACUUGUGCAAGGGGCUGCUUGCCCAUUCCCUCAGCCGUGUCCCAUGCUCACAGCAGCAGCAGCGCUGGCAAUGGCAAGCGGGGCAGCGGCGUUGGUGGUGGGAGGUGCAGUGGAGUGGGGGGGUGUUUGGCGUUGGAGAUCCGCAUUGCCCUGCACACAGCAGCGUGGAGCCAAGGGCUGUGUGACGACAGCAAGAACCUUGUGUUGCAGCAGCUGGGGCCGGCACGGGAGUUGGCGGAGGCGCAUGAGCGACGCGCGGGGGACUACCUGGCGGACUGGCGGGCGCUGCAGUCAUCACGCUGGCUGCACGCCAACGACGACGCCGCCGUGCUCAUGCUGCUCGACGCCAUGCGCUGGCUCACAGCCGCCGCCUCCAUGUGGGAGAGCCUGGGGGCCGGCGACAGGGCACGGCGCAGCGUGGCGCAGGCAGCGCUGCUGGGGCUGCAGGUGCACGUGGGGGACACACUCGUGGGGCUCACACCCGCUGCUGCCAGCGUGCUGCUGCAGCAGCAGCACCGCUUCUUUGAGGCACUCGUCAUCGCCAACGCCUACGACCUCACCUCGCCUGCCGACUGGUCGCUGCUCCUCUGGACCCACCUGGACCGCUUCCGACCGUCGCCGGAGUUCCUGGACGAGUGGGCGAUGGCGGUGCCGAUGGCGCUGGACAUGCUUCUAGACGUAGCAGAGCGCGUGCAGCACGAGGUGGCCACCAACCGCUCCGCUCACCUUAACCAAUUGGCCGGCGCUUUCCGGCACCUGCUGUGGCUCGUGCCGAACCUGGAGGAGCGGCUGCAGCUGGCGACGGUGUCACGUGCUGCACCUGCGGAGGUGGACAAGUGCCUCAGCAUGCUGGACCGCGUGCCCGCCACUACUGCCCCGCUCCUGCUGCGCAGAGGCCAUGGCGGGGCGUACAUGCCAGUGCUGUGA